AUGGAAGGUCAUGGUUAUGACCGGUUCGGGGUCGGUGAGAGGGACAACUACCAAAUCGACUACCGGAGGAUCGUAGGGGAUACGGAACCCGCGCGGCCUCGCAGCUCGGAAAGAGACGGGGAACAGACCUACCCCUACGGACCCUCGGCCCACAGCAGUCCUCACGGCCACGGCCACGAGACCGCAGCGCAGCGGUACAGCGCCACACGCAUCCAAGCUGGAUACGAACCCGAGAGCAUGGCUGACUACUUGAUCAGUGGAGGCACAGGGUAUGUCCCUGAAGACGGACUAACGGCACAACAACUGUUUGCCAUCGGCGAUGGACUCACAUACAAUGACUUCCUGAUUCUGCCUGGGUUCAUAGAUUUUACCUCUGAUGAGGUGGAUCUAACAUCAGCACUGACACGGAAGAUAACCCUGAAAACGCCUCUCAUCUCGUCUCCCAUGGACACAGUCACUGAGUCGUCCAUGGCCAUCGCCAUGGCGCUGAUGGGUGGGAUUGGAAUAAUCCACCAUAACUGCACAGCUGAGUUUCAGGCCAAUGAGGUGCGCAAAGUCAAGAAAUUUGAGCAGGGCUUCAUCACAGACCCGGUGGUAAUGAGUCCCAGUCACACGGUGGGGGAUGUGUUCUCAGCCAAGUUGCGCCAUGGCUUCUCUGGGAUCCCUGUUACAGAGACGGGGAAGAUGGGCAGCAAGCUGGUCGGCAUCGUCACCUCUCGAGAUAUAGACUUCCUGUCUGAGAAGGACCACGAGAGACCCCUUGAAGAGGCAAUGACAAAAAGGGAAGAUUUAGUUGUUGCACCUGCUGGUGUCACACUAAAAGAGGCCAAUGAUAUACUGCAACGCAGCAAAAAAGGUAAACUGCCCAUAGUGAACAAUAGCGAUGAGCUGGUGGCCAUCAUUGCCAGGACUGACCUGAAAAAGAAUAGGGAUUACCCCCUGGCCUCUAAGGACUCCCGUAAACAGUUGCUGUGUGGGGCUGCUAUCGGCACCAGGGACGACAACAAGUACAGACUGGACCUCCUCAUGCAAGCCGGUGUGGAUGUUGUAGUGCUGGACUCCUCGCAAGGAAACUCUGUCUAUCAGAUCAACAUGAUCAACUACAUCAAGCAAAAAUACCCUGAGCUUCAGGUCGUGGGGGGAAACGUGGUGACCGCGGCCCAGGCCAAGAACCUGAUAGACGCUGGUGUGGAUGCCCUGAGGGUGGGCAUGGGCUGUGGCUCGAUCUGUAUCACCCAGGAAGUGAUGGCAUGUGGACGGCCUCAGGGUACAUCGGUAUAUAAGGUGGCAGAGUAUGCCCGGCGUUUUGGCGUCCCAGUUAUUGCUGAUGGAGGGAUUCAGACUGUUGGACACGUGGUGAAGGCCCUGGCGCUGGGAGCGUCCACCGUGAUGAUGGGGUCGUUGCUCGCGGCAACAACAGAGGCUCCGGGAGAGUAUUUCUUUUCAGACGGCGUACGCCUGAAAAAGUACCGCGGCAUGGGCUCUUUGGACGCAAUGGAGAAAAACAACAACAGUCAGAAACGCUACUUCAGUGAAGGAGAUAAGGUGAAGGUGGCCCAAGGUGUUUCAGGAUCAGUACAAGAUAAAGGUUCCAUCCAUAAGUUUGUUCCUUACCUCAUCGCUGGUAUUCAGCAUGGCUGUCAGGACAUCGGAGCCAAGAGUUUGUCCAUACUGCGGUCCAUGAUGUACUCUGGGGAGCUGAAGUUUGAGAAGAGAACCAUGUCUGCUCAGGUUGAGGGGGGAAUUCACGGCCUCCACUCUUACGAGAAGCGGCUUUACUGA